AUGGGCCAGCGUCACCAAGCUUAUAUUGUUGCUCGCGUCGUUCCUCAUGGAAGCACUGACGGAAAGGCUUAUUAUCGUUCUCUUGGAGGUUGGCAUCACCAAUGGUGCUAUGGAUCACUACCUCUUCUAGCUGCUGAUCGUUUCUUUGCGCUGAUCAAAAACCCUGUGAACGCUGCCAUCAUACGUGAGGAACUCGAAACUGCGCAAGGCAAAUACGGACGGCGUGGCCAGAAACCCGACACCCAUUUUCCAUGUCAUUAUGCUCUCUUCCUCGUCGCUUGUGCGUUCAAUAUCGAUCUCGAGAAGAACUACAUCCAGGAUGGUCCUCUUGAAAGUUACUUGCUUCCCGCAACGAUGGGAUGUUGGGAUGGAGACAACAACGACGGUCUAACUAUACUUGAUAUCACCAACCCGCUCAAACCAUCUUACGCAUUUGUCAUGGGUAGCGAGACCGAUGCUGAUCUCGGUGAUGAACCUUGCAUCGCGGAGGAUUAUCUUCGUGCCUACUAUCCCGAUCUUGGAUCUAAUGAAGGAACUGAAAGGAAAAAAGCAGGUGACAAGGCUAAGCUCGAACUCGCUGCCAAAUUCGACUCGAUUCCCUUCUUGACUGAAGAUAUGCUCGCGGAAGUUUGGCCUGAAGAAUUCGGCGCUUCUAAGAGCUCAAAACGCAGACGCCCUGCUGAGCGUAAAUCCGUUCCCAAGACCAUUCAAGAAACUCCUGUUGUGUCGGUUGAUAGUUCCUCUAUCCCAGCUCUCGCUGAUCUCGUCGUUGAACCCGCAGUGGCACGUAGUUUGGAGCUUGGGAAUACAGAUGAGAUCGAGCUCUUGAUCCCGAGUAAAGCGCCUCAGAUAAUGAACGUUUUGCGCGCGCAUAAUCCGUUCCCAGAUACAGGCCUUCCUCUGCUCAAAGUCGUACUGAAGCAAGUAUUCAAGAACGAUACUGAAACACUUGAUCUGAGUGGUUUUUCUCUGUCACCCAACCAACUCGCAUCUGUUGCUUCCGAAAUGAACGACGCUCGAAUCAUCAUUUUGUCUCAUUCUUCGGUGGUCACAGUCGAACACGUUCGCGCUUUGUUAGCUGUCAAACCCGAGAUUGACCGGUUAGAACUCCUGGACACUGGUGUCACUAAUGAUGCAUUUUCCUCUCUACUCAAGACCGAUCCCGAUAUCUUCAAAUGUGUCAGCGAUGUAGUCCACCACCAUCUUGUUUCUAGCCGCCACACGAACCCCGGGUCGUUCCACGUUAUCGCGUCGCAAGCUGGUUCAUACGUACGGUACGGUGGCAGAGGCUCUGGCGGAAACAUUCAAUCCAUUCCGAUCUGGACUCCAGCCAAGAUCAUCCAGAACCUCAUCGAUAUCUUAAAGAUGUUAGUCACCGAUGACCUAGCAAGCAUGGAACCCACUCAGAGUAUUUUGAUUCCAGCCGCACUGAGUGCUGGAUUAAGGAAACCGGGUACUUCCUGGAAUGACCGUCCCGUACCGAUGGUCGCGCGCGAUAGGGGACGAGUCCACCAUGGUGGAUGGAUGUUCUUAUUCAACCGAGCUAACACCCCUCGCGGUAGCGCCCCAGGAGGCAAAUACGCCUUUGUGAGAUUGUUGACUGAUCAAGAUUGUCAGGCGGUGGAUGUAUUCGAUCUAAAUGGCUUCUUGGAAGAGAUGAAGAAGGAGGGAAGGGCACCAUUACCCUCAACGGAAGCGGUGAAAGAGUUUGAGGAUAUUAUGGCUAACAGAGGGAAAAAUCAGGAGAACAAUAAGAAAACCGAGGGAUCGGGUACGGAGGGUGCGCCUCAGACCAUGGAACACAUCAUGCGUUUCCUCAUGGCUGGGAUGAAUAUGGGCGGGGGAUCUACAGACGCGCCAAAAUCGGGAGUGUCAUUGUUCGACGCUGACUCGGCGACGAAAUUUGUGCUUAAGUCUAUCGCCCCCAAUGCUGAGGGUAACAGUCAAGGUAUGGAAGGCAUGAGAGGACCUAGGAUAGUCCUUGCUGGUAAUUGA